CCAUCUGCCAAGGUACGUCGGGUUCAGGGUUAGGUCGCGACUCCGCCCAGCACCACAGCCUUGCGACAAGAGGUGUUGCAGAUGAUCUGAGCAGAUCAGCGUACAUCAUGGGCUGGUCGACGUUUGGCAGUGUUUGCGUCGUUUCGGUCCUCGACCGCGAGCCUUCGUAUAAGACGACCUUUUCACGGCGUCGUCUCGUGUUUAAGUUUCCUUCUCCCUUCUCUCUACCCACACAUCAUAUCAUCCUCCUCUGCGCCUACGCUCUUUCACCGGGCUUUUCUGUUUUUCCUUCUCUUCUUUUCACUUCUCCCUUCACUUCGUUCCUUUAAUCGUGCUGGCACAUUCCGACUUAGUCUCUGCGAGACAAGAUGCUUUCUUUCACGGAUAUUGUAAUCGGCUCGGCCUUCCUGGCCGUUGCUCAUGGCCACGCUGCCAUUCUCGGUGCUCAGGGAGACGCCGGCUCACCUGCUAGUGUCGGGUUCCUGGUCGACCCGAACAUCGCCCGUAACUGCACGACGAUCAACCCUUGCCAGCAAGAUGCUACGAUUAUUCGUGAUGCCGAGAUCAACUCCAACGUCGUCAACGAGUGCGGACGCACCGAGAUUGCUGGCAACAUCGACAUUGGCGAGAACACCGAGAACGCCCUGGCAGCGAACCAGGUUACGCAGGUCAAGGCGGGCGGCGAGGUUACUGUCACCAUCCACCAGGUUAACGCCGAUGGCGCCGGCCCCUUCUCAUGCGACUUGGACCAGACCAGCAACUCACUUGCCGGCACCGGCCAGAUCCCCCUCGAGGUCACCAACAACGUUCCCGGCACCAACGGUUUCUCCCAGGCAAAGGCUCAGCAGUUCAACGUCACCGUCAAGAUGCCUGCUGACAUGAAGUGCACUGGAGCCUCUACCGGAAACGUCUGCACUGUCCGCUGCCGUAACAACGCUGUCGCCGGUCCCUUCGGUGGCUGCUUCCCUGUCCAGCAGACCGAUGUCACCCCUACUCAGAACACUCCCCAGAACAUCCAGACCGGCGCCAAGUUGAAGGGUGUUCUCCAGCAGGUCCAACAGGAUAUUGUGGACUUCCCCGCCGCUGCUGCUGCCAACCAGAAGGACGGAACCCCCGAGCAGCUGGCCGCCGUUGACGCCGCCAACAAGGUUCUGGGCGCUCCCCCCGUCACUGUCAAGGAAUUCCCCGUCGAGAACACCGGCCCCAGCCAGACCGGAGGCAACACCGCCGCUGCUCCCGCCGCGCCUGCUGCUGACCCCAACGCCGGUAAUGCCAACGCUGGCAACGGCAACGCAAACGCUGGAAACAACGGCAACGCCGGCAAUGCCGGAAACGCCGGCGGCAACGGACGUGCUCGCGGCAAGGGCCGGGCUGGCAAGCGUGGCAGAGCCGCCAAGCGUGAGGAGAACGGAUCCCUUCGGUGGGCCAAGCGCUACGUCGUGCCCGGUGCCGACUUCCAGCCCGAGGUCAUGCCAUGAAGGGGAUCUUCUGCUUAGAAUGAGAAGUUUCAGCUUCAUUUGCUGAUGGUAGACGAGCGCUCUGAGCCGUUUCUUCCUUUUUCACGUGGUGGUCGUCAAAUUGUGGUUUUUCCUCUUAAUUCAAAGUCUCACUUACAAGUACAUUCCUCUUUGUUGAGCGAGCGCACAGAGACACACAAAACCGCGGCGAAUUCAAAACUUGGGAAGAAGGGCAAAAGCGGCAAACUUUACUUUGCUUUGCUUUGCGGAGACCUUGGAGAGCGGUUGCGAGUCUUUUUUUUACACCCAAUACAUCUUUUUUUACUCUUUACUUGUGUGUACACAUUAUAAAAAAAUUUCAUAGCCAUGGUUUGAUGUCUAAC